CUGCAGGGAGAGAUGUGGAUGGAUACGUAAGAAUGGGAGAGAGAUCGGAGGGGAUACCGGCGAUAGCAACGGCGACGGCGGUUGAAUUUAUAGGCGACAACGCAGCUUUGAAAACGACGAUGGCGACUUUAGAGGUCACGAGCUUCAGCUCAAGUAAGAGUAAAAUGUCCACUGCGGGAAUGCGUGAGUUCGGUGCUCAAAACGUCGAUCGGUGGGGAAUUUCGCCGUUGCCGGCCGACUCCACGUCGUCCGUUUGGAGUGAGUCAACUUCGAGUGCGCGCCGCAAGCCAGACGAGGUCGUUUUCAGAGAUAUCUGAAGAUCGUUGGAUAUGCAGGAUGAGGAUUUUGAAACCGACAAUUCAGCUUACGUCCUCGGCAGUUUCAGCAGUAGAGAGAAAAUUCGAACGAACGAGCUUCGCGGAGACGCUGUAGCGAUCAUGGAAUCCAGCUCGGCGGCGAAAGAGAAAUCCAGUGAGGCUAAUCGUCGCCUUCGCGAGAAGGUGCCGGCAGGAAAUAUGCCGUCAGCGGCCGAGAUAGAGGAAUUCUUCGCGUCCAAGGAAAAGUACGAGCAGAAGAGGUUCCAAGAGAAGUACAACUAUGAUGUGGUGAAGGACGCGCCUCUAGAAGGUCGUUACCAGUGGGUUCGUCUCAAUAAUCCUUAGCUUAGUUGAUUGCUGACAGAUCGAGAUGAGGGUGGAUUAAAGUGAUCCAGAAAUUUCUGCUACUCCCUUUUAGGCAUGCAAUUACUAGUUUUUUAGUCAGUUGUAUGUACAGUUCUGUGAUUCACGAACCUUUCUCCUCCACUAGCUGAACUUCACAUUUCCAUUUCCACUUCCAAUUCAUACGAUUUCGGUCACUUUUGUUAAUACGGAGGAAUAUUUACCACAC